AUGGGUGUAAAACCUGAGGAUGUUCCCGAAAACUGGUCUUGCGAUGACUGUGUUGAAGAUACUGGCGUGUUUGAGAUCGGAGAAGGUAGUGGAGUUCAAAAGCAAAAUGAUUUACGCAAUCCAAAGUCUUCUGAAACUGUAGGUCGGGCCUUGAACAUAGAGCCUAACCUAAACCUGAAUCCUAACAUAGAUCUCAAUCAAGAUCCUCCCAUAGAUCUGAAUGUGAACCCUAACCUUAACGUGAAUCCUAACAUAGAUCUCAAUGUAGAUCCUUCCAUAGAUCUGAAUGUGAACCCUAACUUAGACCUGAAUUUGGAUAUGAACCUUGAUCCAAACCUAAGCCUGAGAGAGGAUAAUAACUUGGACCUUUCUUUAGAUGGUGGUUCAUCUUCUAGGCCAAGUUCUACUAAUAACUCCCAAGCUCAUAAGCGAACGAGAGCGUCUCUGAAUCCUUCACCUGGGCAAGGAUCUCUUGAAGAAGAAGAAGACCAAGAUGCAAAGAGGCCUCGUGUGGAUACUCGACUCUCUCUAUGA